ACAAAAACUAUAUAGUUCAUUUCCUCUUCCACAACCUACGAACGAGGGAUUUAUACUCUUCACAACUCCAUCACUGGCAGUGUACAAAGCUCAACUGAGAGAGAAAAAAAAAAGUAGGAAGAAAAGAAAAUAACAACAUGCUACAAGAGCAAAGACACUCAGUAGAAGGGGGAUCUAUCAUCUGAAUUUUGUUCCUUCAAGCAUUAAGAGAAAGAGAUAUCUCGACCAACCUAGGUUACUGGAAACCGAUUAUUAGUAUCGAAUUUUCUUCAACUUUGGCCCUCUUACUAAUCCACCAGGAUUUAGACACUGCUUUUGUGGAUAGCAGAGACAAUGUUGUCUCAGAAGCAAGGAGAGGACGCAAUAAUCACAAACCUCAACCACACAGAACAUGAAGGUGGCAGCACGAGCACAAGGGAAGAAGAGGAGCAAGACCAUUCCAUGUUCAACUUCAAGAGCCUUUUAUGGCAUGGUGGUUCUGUUUGGGAUGCAUGGUUCAGCUGUGCUUCAAAUCAAGUAGCUCAAGUGCUUUUGACACUGCCAUACUCCUUCGCUCAACUUGGCAUGGUAUCAGGCAUCUUACUUCAGAUCUUCUAUGGCCUUAUUGGAAGCUGGACUGCUUAUCUAGUCAGUGUCCUCUACAUAGAGUACCGCACCAGGAAGGAAAAGGAAAAUGUCAGCUUCAAGAACCACGUUAUUCAGUGGUUCGAGGUCCUUGAUGGGUUACUUGGUCGAUAUUGGAAAGCAGUGGGGCUAGCCUUCAACUGUACUUUCCUCCUAUUUGGAUCUGUGAUACAGCUUAUAGCAUGUGCAAGUAACAUCUAUUACAUAAACGACAAAUUGUAUAAACGGACAUGGACUUAUAUUUUUGGAGCUUGCUGUGCAUUCACUGUGUUCAUACCUUCCUUCCACAAUUACCGUAUAUGGUCUUUUUUGGGCCUUGGAAUGACCACUUACACGGCUUGGUACCUUGCUAUUGCAGCCAUCCUUCAUGGCCAGGUAGAAAAUGUUACACACUCCGGUCCAACAAAGCUAAUACUAUACUUCACUGGAGCCACUAACAUACUCUACACGUUUGGAGGACAUGCUGUGACUGUGGAGAUUAUGCAUGCCAUGUGGCAGCCCCGAAAGUUCAAAUCCAUCUACUUUCUGGCCACUUUGUACGUUUUCACUCUAACGAUCCCUUCUGCCGUCGCCGUUUAUUGGUCUUUCGGUGAUCAGCUCCUUGACCACUCAAAUGCAUUCUCUCUGCUCCCCAAGAAUGUCUUCCGUGACGCCGCCGUCAUCCUCAUGCUCAUUCACCAGUUCAUCACAUUUGGAUUUGCGUGCACCCCAUUAUAUUUUGUGUGGGAGAAGGUGAUUGGGAUGCACGACACAAAGAGCAUUUGGUUAAGGGCACUUGCACGGUUUCCAGUGGUGCUACCUAUAUGGUUCUUGGCCAUAAUCUUCCCUUUCUUUGGGCCCAUAAAUUCAGCUGUUGGAUCUCUACUCGUUAGCUUCACUGUCUACAUCAUCCCUGCCCUAGCCCACAUGCUCACUUAUAGAAAUGCCUCAGCCAGACAGAAUGCUGCAGAGAAGCCUCCUUUCUUCAUGCCAAGCUGGACUGCAAUGUAUGUCUUCAAUGCAUUCAUUAUUGGAUGGGUUUUGGUGGUUGGAUUUGGGCUUGGAGGAUGGGCCAGCAUGAUCAACUUGAUAAACCAAAUUGACACAUUUGGACUUUUUGCCAAAUGCUACCAAUGCCCUGAACCACCGCCACCUGCUGGAGCACCACCCCCUCUUACCCAUCCAGUGGUGGAGGGAGGGGUUGACCUUGUAGAACCAUGGGCACCUCCAAACUUGUUGAAGAUUAUUUAAAUUGCCAUGAAUAAAUAUAUAAUUUUCCUAAAAUAUAUAUAAGAAAAUUAUCUAUCUAGUAUAUUUCUUUUUUCAUGUUAUUUGUAUAUUCAAUACAAUUAUAUUUUAUAUUAAUAAGAAACGUUAGUAAUGCAUGCUGCAGUUUAGGGAA